AUGCCGGCCUUUCGAGACCAAUCUCGCCAUGAACAACUCUCCAGCCUCUAUCUCAACAAUUCGGUCAUUGAGAGAGUACAGUCUCAGUGGCUCUUUACCCCCGAAGAAUUAUUACGGACACCCAGUAUUCUCGAUGGCAUGCCCGUCGACCAAGAACUUUCAAAUCGCCAAAAGGGCGUCAAUUUCAUCACCCAGGUUGGUAUCAUGUUGAAACUGCCGCAACUCACUCUCGCAACCGCAUCAGUCUAUCUCCACCGGUUCUUCAUGCGGCACGCCAUGGUACAGAACAACAAACCUGGCCUCCAUCAUUAUUCAGUUGCAGCUACGGCCAUUUUCUUAGCGACAAAGGUCGAGGAGAAUUAUAGAAAGAUGAGGGAACUGGUUGUUGCCUGCUGCAGAGUAGCCCAAAAACAACCCAACCUGGUGGUCGAUGAACAAAGCAAAGAAUACUGGAAGUGGCGAGAUACCAUAUUGCACAACGAGGACUUAUUGCUAGAAGCCCUUUGCUUCGACUUACAGCUUGAGCAACCGCACCGGAUCCUUCUCGACUUGAUGCGUUUUCACAACAUACAAGAAAACAAACAGCUACGCAACGCCUCAUGGGCAUUUGUGAAUGAUUCACUCAUUACGACCCUCUGUCUCCAAUCAAGCCCACGCGUAAUCGCCGGCUGCGCCUUAUUCAUGGGUAUCAAAGUCGCAGGCGUUGGGUUGGUAGAUGAUGAUAGAGGAAGGUCUUGGUGGGAGCAACUUGGUAUCGAUCUCCGGGACAUCCAGAAAGGAUGCAACUUGUUGGCCGAUGUCUAUGAGACUUCGGCACUACCUCGACAAGGACAUAAUUAUGUUCGAGAUAAUGAUAUCGCAAUAUUCGACAAGACAAGAAUGGCCGCCACACCACUGCCUAGUCGAUCACCCACAGCCAGUAUUGGGAGUCAGGGGACCAAACGUGAGCGAGAUAUGGGAGACACCAAUUCUGGAGGGUGGGGAUCAACCACGCCCAAUGUCAAAGACGCUCAGCAGAUGUCCGCAUCAAAAAAACCUCGCCUCGAAUCAGAACCGGUCAAGGUGGAUGACUUGCAGAAGCGUAUCGAUGAUAUUGUCAACUCGGCUGCCCCAGCUCCAUCAUCGACUAGUUCGCACGCAGCCUUGUCAAGACGACCCUCGAAUCAGCCGCCCGCCCGUGAAGCAGUAGCUCCGCUCCCCGUCUCCACCAAUGACUUUGACGACGCUGAGAAAGUGGACUAUGGCAGCGAGGAAGGCGAAUUAUAA